UCUGUUCCAUCGUUGUCCAAAAGCGCCCGAAGAAGAAUGAGACGUAAUCAACGUGCUGCUCAACUUGCGAUCGGCGGUGCAGUAAGUGAAGAGCUGAACGACAAUAACGACAGUGAAGAAGGCGUUUCAUUGCAUCAAUCCAAGUCUCAGGAUGUAAACAGUAAUACAGAACAAUCCACAAUCGAGCCAAAUGUAACCGAAAACGUAUCCAUUGAAUCAAACAAGGACAGUCAAGCAAGCUCUUUUCAAAACUACGAUUUAAUGCCAUACCUGCAGGGCCUUCCUCGUCCAGGAAUGGUGAUUGCAUUCAAGACUUUAGAAUUGUCGACAGCAUACACACCAGAAAUUUCAGAGUUCAAGGAAGCACAAGUGCUGUCUGUAGAUGCAAUAUCGAAGCGCUGUUCAGUCAAGCUUUUGUCAUGUUCGUCUAAAUCAGCUGCACCACUUCCAUCUGACCCAUCAUCCAUGUGGGGUCAUGCUACUAAAACGGAUCAAAAAUCCCGAGAUUCAGGCAGUGGUAGAUUUGAAAUCAAUGACGACGAUAGUGAAGAAGGUGCCAUUGAAGCUGUGGAUGACAUUAUUCAUGUUGACCUCGAUACUAUGUUUGAAAUUAAACGUGUCGCUCCAUAGCUUCUGAGGAUUCAUUAUGUUGCCAUAUAGUUUAUGGUUUGCCAAGUAUACUAGUUAACAUACAAAAGCCAAAUAUAACAUUUCAAAUCUUUUACUUC